CUUGCAUGAAAAUCUCAAAAUCUGACCCAAAAAAUAUCAAUUAUGAUUUCUGUGUGAAGGCAUUCACGUCGUAUCGUCGGAGCAUGAAUGCAACCAUUGAUGAAUUAAUAGAGAUCUCCUUUAACUUCAGUUCAUAUAAGGCAAAAUCCAUCAUAACAACCAUUAAUAAACUCCGGAAAGACCCUAAGUUCAGCCCAUUCGCCAAGAACGCGUUGGAAACUUGUUCGGACCUGUAUUCGGAUGCUCAGGCUGAUUUGCAAGAGGGUCUUGAUUCUUUGAAGGGUAAGGAUCUUUCAACAGCUAAUGUACGAAUAAGUGCAGCCAUGGAUAGUGGUCCAGAUUGUGAGGAUACAUUUAAGGAGAAGGAAGGAGAAGUGUCUCCUUUAACUAAGGAAAAUACUGAUUUUUUCAAGUUAACUGAUAUUUUUCUUGCCUUUACUGACGUGUUGAAAAAAUAAUCUUUUUGUACGAAUAGUUAAU